AUGACGCAUCCACCUGCGUCAGGUACUUCUUCAGAAAAGAAUCUUGAUUACUGGUCGCAGCAGCUCCGCAACCUACCGCGACUUGCGCUGCCCUUAGACUACCCGCGUCCAGCGACCACAAGAGUCGUUCAUGCCUUGAAAUCGUGUGUGCUGCCCCCCGCCACAUGCCGCGCACUUGCGCGCCUAUCGCUGUACGAGGACGAAAAUGAGGUGCCAUCGCGGUUUUCGGAGACAAUGGAGGAGGAAGAACAGCCGCGGGCAUGUCAUUUUCUGCUUGCUGCACUCGUUGUUCUCAUCCACAGGUACACAGGCGACACAGACAUUGUGGUCGCGAGCAACCACCCUGACACAGGCGAGGCGCUUAUCUUGCGAAUUCGAGUUGAGCCGGGCGACGCGUUCUUGCAGGUUGCCAAGUGUGUGCAAGCUGUGGAAGCAGAGGCCAUUCGACACCUUGCGCCAUACGACGAUAUUGCAAGGCGGCUUGAGUCAGACCGUGUUGCCACGGAGGGCCCUGCUCCUUCGGGUACGAGUCAUGCGCCUUUCCGCGUGCGCUUUUUUGAUGAGACGGCUUCGAUGCAGUGGUUCAUGCAACGCACAAACGCAACGACAGAUUUGUCGAUGUUUGUCACGCCACCUGAAGCGAGUGUUGACGCUGAAGUGGGGCCUGCGCACACCACAGCCGCGCAAAGUUCCGUCAAGCCGUCGAGAGAUGGCGUGUCAGCGUUCAGAGCACCGGCCCAUGCGCCGGUGGCUGUCCAUAUCUCGUACAAUGCGCUGCUGUUCUCUGCGCACCGUAUCGAAAGCAUUCUGAGCCAGUUCGACCAGCUUAUCUGCUCAGCAGCGAAACAUCCUAUGACGCCGGUGGGCCAGAUUCUUAUCCGCACAAAGGCCGAGUCGCACAUGCUACCUGACCCGCGCAAAGACCUCGAUUGGUGUGGCUACCGAGGAAGCAUCACAAGCUACUUGGAGCGCCACGCUCAGACAUUCCCGGAGCGACGUUGCUUGGUUGAGAGUGUGAUGAGCGCUGCCCCAGAUGGAAAGCUUCCUGCACCAGCGUCACAAGUGCGAACAGUCAGCUAUGGUGAACUGGAUCGCGCAAGCAAUGUUGUUGCGCACCAUCUGCUUCACUCGGGCGUGCAACGCGGCGAAGUUGUGACAGUGUAUGCGCAUCGCGGGGUCGACUUGGUCGUGGCAGUGUUGGGUGUAUUGAAGGCUGGCGCCACAUUCAGUGUGAUUGAUCCGACGUACCCAUCGAGUCGCCAAAACAUCUACCUGCAAGUGGCGAAACCCCGCGCGCUGAUUGUGCUGGCGAAAGCAGGCUCGAUUCAUCAGCAGGUGCGUGCAUGUAUCCAAGAGGAGCUCGAGUUGCGUACGGAAAUCCCGGCUCUCGAGCUGGGAGCUGAUGGUGUAUUGCGCGGUGGCAACGUUGGCGCUGGCGAUGUGCUAAAGGAGGCUCAAGCAUUCGCAGGACAACCGACACGCGUCGUGCUUGGUCCUGACAGCAUUGCAACACUGUCGUUCACGUCUGGAUCGACGGGAAUUCCCAAAGGUGUCCAGNGCCGGCAUUACAGCUUGACGCACUUUUUCCCGUGGAUGGGUGAGCGGUUUGAGCUUGGAGAAAACGAUCGCUUUACGAUGCUUAGCGGCAUUGCGCAUGAUCCCAUUCAACGCGAUAUAUUUACGCCCAUUUUCUUUGGUGCUGAGCUGCACAUUCCGACGUCGGAGGACAUUGGCACUCCCGGCCGGCUGGCAUCGUGGAUGGCGUCGUCAGGGGCGACUGUGACGCAUCUGACGCCGGCUAUGGGCCAGCUGUUGUCCGCACAGGCCACGACCCCGAUCCCAACACUGCGGAAUGCCUUUUUCGUUGGGGAUAUCUUGACGAAACGCGAUUGUACUCGGCUCCAGUCUCUCGCCCAGAACGUGCGCAUCAUCAACAUGUAUGGCACGACUGAGACGCAGCGUGCCGUGUCGUACUUUGCCAUUCCCCCUGCGAGUGUGGAGCCUGCAUUUUUGCAGACACAGAAGGACAUUAUGCCAGCCGGGCAGGGCAUGAUCGAUGUGCAGCUAUUGGUUGUGAACCGGAAUGCCCGGCAGGAGACAUGUGCAGUGGGAGAGGUGGGCGAGAUUUACGUCCGCUCCGGUGGCCUGUCGGAGGGAUAUCUCGGACCACCUGAGGUGACAGCAGAAAAGUUCCUCUUCAAUUGGCUCGCGCCUGAUCUCGAGAUAGCCGAUACCCUGCAAGGCACGUGCGAAGGCCAAUUCUGGAAGGGACCACGCGAUCGAAUGUACCGCACGGGCGACUUGGGUCGCUACCUGCCAGACGGCACAGUCGAGUGUACGGGGCGAGCCGACGACCAGAUCAAGAUCCGUGGCUUCCGUAUCGAGCUGGGCGAAAUCGAUACGCACCUGUCCCGGCAUCCGCGUGUCCGAGAAAAUGUGACACUAGUGCGGCGUGACAAGGACGAGGAGAAGGUGCUGGUGUCGUACUUUGUGCCGACGGACGAUGUCCAAUCAGAGUCAGAGGCCGUGCAGGACGUGAAGGAAGCUGACAUUCCUGACGGCCCCGGCCGCGACUCGCUUUGGCGCAUCCGGCAGUACAACCGGCUCAUUAAGGAUAUUCGCGAUUAUCUCAAAGGAAAGCUGCCGUCGUAUUCCGUCCCCACCCUCUUUGUGCCGAUGACCAGAAUGCCUCUGAAUCCAAACGGUAAGAUCGACAAGCCGGCGCUGCCAUUCCCCGAUACGGUGCUGGCCCAGCGCAUGGCGCAAGUCUCUAGUGUGCAGAGUGAGAGUCGCGAGCGCUCUCACACCGAGCGAGCCAUCGCCGACGUCUGGAGGCAGCUGCUCCCUGGCGUUGCUGAGCCUGUGCCCCUUGACGAGUCCUUCUUCGACUUGGGCGGGCACUCGAUCCUUGCCACGCGUCUCGUGUUCCAACUGCGGCAGAAGUUGGGUAUUCAUGUACCGCUUGGCCUCGUGUUUGACGCGCCAACCAUCGCUCAGCUUGCUUCGGCACUGGACCAGCUUCGCUCCCACGAGUCGGAUCUGGCCAUGACGCCUGCAGGAGGUGCCACACCAGGGCCAUAG